AUGUCAGACAACCGGUUAAAAGUGGUAUUCUUAGGUCCACUGGCCUCGUUUUCGCAUCAGGCUGCAGCAGAAUCUUUCAAAAAGACAAAUGCCGAGCUUAUACCCCAUGCAUCCUUCGGCGAUGCUUUCUCCGCGGUCCAGGAUCAAACAGCCGACUUCGCAGUCAUCCCGUUUGAGAAUUCGACCAAUGGCUCGGUUGUACAAACACUAGACUUGCUCGCCGACCGUACCUCAUUGUAUACCGACGUCCAAGUCUGCGGGGAGUAUUACCUCACCGUGCAUCACUGUCUCCUCGUUCGCAAGGGCACAUACCCAUCCGGGUGUUCAGGUUACGACGGCUCCAUCACCAAAUUAUAUACGCACCCGCAAGCCUGGGGCCAGUGUGAAGGUCUUCUCUCAGCACACUUCAAAGGCGUCGAAAGACAAGAUGUCUCAUCGACAUCAAAGGCCGCGGAGAUUGUCGCCAAAGAGACCGGCGAAUCAUCCGCCGCCAUAGCGAGCAAAUUCGCAGCCGAGUACCACGGGCUCGACAUUCUGAAAGAAAACAUCGAGGACAGAGCUGACAAUACGACACGCUUCCUGAUCCUACGAAACACUCGCGUGGAGAAAACGGCAGAACUGGCCUUUGAGCAGCGGUGUUCUUCGUGCACAACGUGGAUCAUGAACAAGACCUUGAUUUCGUUUGCGGUGGCUCACUCGUCGGCCGGAGCAUUGGCGAAUGCGCUGCUUAUUUUCAAGGCGCAUGGCUUGAAUCUGACGAGUAUCAAUACUCGACCGAGUUUGAAACGCGCGUGGCAAUAUGUGUUCUUUGUCGAGUGUGGACAGGCUCCCUCGGCGGAGAACAAAGAGGCUGUUCUUGAAGCGUUGAGUGAUCUGCACCAUGCAACUGAAUCUUGUCGGAACUGGGGCACAUGGAAGGAUCAACUGUGUUCGGGUGCUGAUUCGUAG